AUGGAGCCCCGCCAUUCCAUCGCCAUAGUCGUGACCGGGGCGCUGAGCUGCUUGCUGACUGGUGGGCUGGCCUUUGGCUUCUCGGCCUUGAUUCCGAGCUUGGAAAGUGCCGGGGUAUUCGCCGAGGAUUGCCAUGAGAAGGUUCCUUGUCGUGCCCAGCACAUGCACAUGAUCUGGGUCUUCACUGCGGGAAGUGCCGCCUCUGCGUUGUCCACAUUGCCGCAAGGCAUCUUGAUGGAUUUCUUGGGGCCCAGAUUCUGCGGAUUGACUUUUGGUACCGCAGUGGCUCUCGGCUGCGCCCUGUUCUCUCUAGGUGGGCUAUGGUCCUUUGCGUACACCAUAGGCUUUGUGCUGCUAGCUGUGGGCGGCUCGGGCGUCUACAUUGGCGUGCUGGGUUUUGGAAACCUCUUCCCGAACAACGCUGGCUUGGUCGCCGCCAUCUUCGUGGGCUGCUUCGAUGCCUCCGUGGUCAUCUUUCGGGUCCUCGCCUUCCUCAUGUCUCUGGGCGUACCUGUUUUAACCAUCUUCCAGGCGUAUGCUCUCCUCUCAGCUUCCCUUGCCGCAGCAGCUGGUCUUCUCUGGCCUACCGCAUCUGUGGAUGGCCGCCAGAACCAUCAGAGACGCGAAGAAUCAGGAGGCGAUGGCUUCUGGAGCAAGAUUCGAAGCUUGGACUUUGCUCUCUUCGCCUAUACUGUGACCGUGGACGUAGUCUGUGUGAAUUUCUUCUUGGUGACAGUGUAUCCGAGACUGCGGUCAGUCGUGACUGCAAACGAAGCGAAAAUGCUGAAUUCAUCUUUUGCAGUACUUCUGCCCGCAGGAGCCAUCCCUUUUGUCCCGUUGAUCGGCUUCUUGAUUGGCAAGCUGGGAUCGACCGCCGCCCACCUCGCCCUGAACGGUGCCUAUUUCAUCCUCGUGAACAUGCUUGUGGCAUUUCAUUUUCAGAUGCCAGGGGGCAGCAUCUAUAUUUGGCUCGCAUUUGUGCUCUUCGCGCUCUGCCGACCUUUCGUCUACUCAUUGGCGAAUACUCUCUGCGGAGAGAUUUUCGGCUACCACUGCUUCGGCAAGAUUUACGGUCUGGUAAUGACUUUGGCGGGCUUAUGCAGCCUUCUAGUGAAGCCCUUGGCGGGCAUCGCCCUGGCGCACGGCUAUUUGACAGUAGACUGCGGACUUCUCAUCCUGCAG